CAUCUCAAAACAGAAGUCUUUUGUUGUUCACAGGUUGCUCAUCCUCCGGGCUACCCUCUCUUCACUCUUCUGGCUAAACUGGCCAUUGAGCUUUUUCCCUGUGGUUCUGCUGCGUAUCGCGUUAAUCUCUUCUGCGCAUUGUUGGGGGCAGCUGCAGCAUCGCUUUUGUUUUAUACAGUUGUCAGGCUUUCUGGCUCGCAGGCGGCAGGAGUCUUUGCUGUGGGGAUGUUUUCGUUUUCCCGUCUAACGUGGCAAUGGUCUAUCACAGCGGAGGUUUUCAGCUUAAACAAUCUGUUUGUGGGGCUGCUGAUGGCGCUUUCUGUGCAAUUCGAGGAAGCAACAACUGCAAAAGAGAGAUCAAAGAUCUGUAAAGUGGGUGCCUUCUCUUGUGGACUGAGCAUGUGCAACCAACAUACCAUUGUGAUCUACGUGCUUUGCAUUGUUUUGUGGGUUUCCUCUCGCUUGUUCAGGGAACGUGAGCUGACCCUGAGCAAUGUGCUGAAGUUAAGUUUCUGCUUCUUGGCUGGUUGUCUGCCUUAUCUCUACUUGCCGAUCUCUGCCUACCUCAAUAAAGCCCGCUGGACCUGGGGAGACCAGACAACCUUUAAAGGAUUUAUCACCCACCUUCUCCGGGAAGAGUAUGGCACGUUCAAUCUGGCAAAAUUGGAAAAUGGAUCCAGUAUGACUGAUGUAUUGGUUUUUCAGGUGACCCACAUGAAGAUGGAACUUUCCCUCGUUGUCCAGGCCUUUGCAAUUGUGGCAUGUGUAUGCUGUGCAGUGAGGCCAAAGACAGAGAAAUCACAGUUGAUUUGGCUGUUUGCAUCAAUGUUAUUGACAUACUCUUUCUUCUUUGCUUGGAGGGCAAAUUUGGAUAUUUCAAAGCCCCUGUUUAAGGGGGUGGUUGAGCGAUUCUGGAUGCAAAGCAAUGCAGUGAUUGUCGUUCUAGCUGGCUUUGGCUUCUCUUUACUCUUUUUUCUUGGUGAGAUAUUUGUCGGAAACAGCAGAAGGAUUUACCAUUUGGAAUGGCUUCUGGCAGCUGUUUUUGUUACUGCUCAAAUCUAUUCCAAUUACAGUGUCUGUGACCAAAGUAACAACAAUGUUGUUGACCGGUUUGCCAUGAAUCUUUUGUCCUCCAUGCCUCCAGAUGCCAUAAUCUUGCUAAGAGGGGACCUGCCUGGGAAUUCUCUUCGCUACUUGCAUCAUUGUGAGGGCAUAAGACCUGAUAUCACCUUAGUUGACCAAGAGAUGAUGACUUACCAUUGGUAUUUGCCAAAGCUGGCUAAACAUUUACCUGGUGUCACCUUUCCUGGAGACCACUGGAAUCCUGUAGAAGGGCCAUUACCUGACGGAACAACCACAUUCAACCUUCAUCACUUCCUCAAAGUAAAUAGACACAAAGACACCUUUGUUUGUAUUGGACUCCAUGAAGGUGACCCUACCUGGAAAAAAGACUAUUCCCUUUGGCCCUGGGGCUCUUGUGAUAAACUUGUAUCUUCAAAAGCUCCCUUUGAUCCUGAAAUGUGGAUUGAGCGUACCCAAAAUCUCUAUAACUGGACUGAGGAAUAUGGAAGGUUUGACUCAUCUUCCUGGGAGUUGGUAGCAAAUGAAGAGAUGUGGCAAGCCAGGAUGAAAACAGCCUUCUUUCUUUUUGACCUUGCAGAAACUGGUUCCCCAUCUGUGAAAGAGAAAGCAAAACUUUACAUGCUUGCUUAUAAGCUGUACAAGGAAAUUGUAAACACGUAUAAAACUCAUCCAGUGAACUGGCACAAAAAUUACGCUAUUGCCUGUGAGAGGGUGCUGCAUCUUCACCCAGCAAGGGAAGACCCAGAAGUGCUACUCUUAGCAAUCAUCAAACACUUCCGCCUUUACUUGGAGAAAGCUGCAGAUGAUCCCCAGCAGAGCAGUAUUUUGCAAGCCAUAAAGCAUAUGAAGAAAGAACUUCGGGAACUGAGAAAAGUGAAGAAGGCAGCGAGGCGACCAGUGUAGGACAUGUUGAG